ACAGGCGCAGUGUCUGGGUAGGCGCUUGCCCUUUUCUUCCUUAGGAGGCUCGGAGGUGGCUAGUUUGCUUGAUUUCCUCAAGAAAGAACCAUCAGGAAGAAGAAAAUGACUUCCAGUCUCUUGACAGUCAAGUCUGAGGAAACAGUGACAUUUAAGGAUGUGGCUGUGGACUUCACCUGGGAGGAGUGGAAACAGCUGACUCCAGUGCAGAGGGACCUGUACCGGGAUGUGAUGCUGGAGAACUAUCAGAACCUGGUCUCCCUGGGACUGCCAGUUUUUCAAUCAGAUUUGAUUUCCCAGUUGGAAAGAGGAGAAGUCCCAUGGAUCCCGGAGGGAGAAACCUUUAGAGGCCCCUGCCCAGGUUCAAUUAAUCAGGAAACAAUAUGUAAAAUAAAGGGAUUCACUCUAAAGCAAGACAUUUUUGUGGGAGAGUCAUCCAAGGAAAGAUUCACAAACAAUGACGCCUGGGAUUCCAAGUUGGGAGAAGAAUGGGAAUGUAAUGUCAGAUCGGGGAGGCAAAAGGACAGCCAGGAGGAAAAAUAUAGACGAACAAUAGUCACUCAUAAGUGUCAGAUGUUUUCAAGUUUGAGUCUGGGAUUGGACUCUUUUGCCCAACAGAUGAAUGCUGCUAGGAAAACUCUCCAUAGAGAUGGUAUGCAUGAUGAGUGCCUUAGACCAUUUUCUGACUUAGUGAAAUGGAAUGGAAUAUCCUCAGGUAAGAAGCCUUAUGAGUAUAAUAAAUGCAAGAAGACCUCUUAUGACUCAGGCCUUACUCAGAAUCAUAGAAAAUGUAGUGGAAAGAAACAACAUGAGUGUAAUGAAUGUAAAAAAGCCUUCAGUUAUAAGGGAUAUCUUAUUGAACAUAAGAGGAUUCAUACAGGAGAGAAACCUUUUAAAUGUAAUAAAUGUGGAAAAGCUUUUGGUAGCAACUCAUCCCUUAGGAAGCACCAAAGAAUUCACACUGGAGAGAAACCAUAUGAGUGUAAUGAAUGUGGGAAAGCCUUCAUCAACAACUCAUCUCUUAAGAAACAUCAGAGAAUUCAUACUGGAGAGAAACCAUAUGAAUGCAAUGAAUGUGGAAAAGCUUUCAGUCAUGGGGGAUAUCUUACUGAACAUAAGAGAAUUCAUACAGGAGAGAAGCCCUUUGAAUGUAACAAAUGUGAGAAAGCUUUUAGCAACAGCUCUUCAUUCAGGAAGCAUCAGAGAAUUCACACUGGAGAGAAACCAUAUGAGUGUAAUGAAUGUGGGAAAGCCUUCAGAAGCAGCUCAUCUUUUAAGAAACAUUUGAGACUUCAUUCUGGAGAAAAACAAUUUGAGUGUAGUGAAUGUGAGAAAUCCUUCAGCAACAGUUCAUCUCUUAUGAAACAUCAGAGGAUUCACACUGGAGAGAAACCUUUUGUGUGUAACGAGUGUGGGAAAGGCUUCAUACAGAGGGGAAACCUUACUGAACACCAGAGAGUUCACACUGGAGAGAAACCCUUUAAAUGUAAUGAAUGUGGAAAAGCCUUUAGCCAGAGAGGAAAUCUUACUGAACACCAGAGAAUUCACACAGGUGAGAAACCAUUUAAAUGUAAUGAAUGUGGAAAGGCCUUUGGCAACAACUCAUGCCUCCUAAAACAUCAGAGGAUUCAUACUGGAGAGAGACCAUAUGAAUGUAAGGAAUGUGGGAAAGCUUUCAACAACAGCUCAUCCCUUAUGAAGCACUGGAGGAUUCAUACUGGAGAGAAACCAUAUGAGUGCAACGAAUGUGGGAAAGCCUUCACUAACAGCUCAUCUCUUCUAAGGCAUCAGAGAAUUCACACUGGAGAGAAACCAUAUGAAUGUAAUGAAUGUAAGAAAGCAUUCACCAACAGUUCAUCCCUUAUGAAACAUCAAGGGAUUCAUACAGGAGAGAAACCCUUUGAAUGUGAUGAAUGUGGGAAAGCCUUCAGCCACAAAGGGUAUCUUACUGAACACAAGAUAAUUCAUACAGGAGAGAAACCCUUUGAAUGUAAUGAAUGUGGAAAAGCCUUCAACAAGAGUUCUUCCCUUAGGAAACAUCAUAGAACUCAUACUGGAGAGAAAUACUUCCAAUGUAAUAAAUGUGGGAAAGCCUUCAGCAAAAACUCAUCACUUAAGAAACACCAGAGAGUUCAUAUAUGAGAGAAAACCUUUCAAUAUAUUUAAUGUAGAAAAGAGUUCAGCCAGAGGGAACAUAUAUCAGGGAAUUUGUAAGGGAAGAAAACCCUUUGAAUGUAAUUAGUGUGGGAAAACCUGUAAAAGCCAUUCAUCUAGUAGAACAAAGCAGAUAAUUCAUACUAGGCAAAAUCCUAUGAAUGUAAUGACCGCAGUGGAAACCUUUCACAUCUAGUUCAUUCCUUAUCAGACCUUACUGACUUCAUAUAGGAAAUUAAUUCUAGAUAUAUAAAAACAUAGGAUAAAUUUCCAUUAGACUUGCCACUUAUUAAAUGCUGGAAUGUCAAGAUGUUAGUGUCAUCUGUUAUAUUGUUGCUUAUUAAUGUUUUUGAAUGAAAUGAAUCUAAUUCCUUUAUAGCCCUCUUUCCUAUAUGUUCUUUGGAGAACUGUAUUAAUCAGUGUAGAAUUAAAAGAGCUGAGAUUUCAGGCUUCAAAAUGUUCUUUUUAAUAAAGCCAUUAUGAUAUUACUUA